AUGAGCGGCCUCGACUCGCCCGAUAUUGCCGCCGCCUACGAGUCCGUCCGCAGCGACAAGGACGCCACCACCUGGCUGCUCAUCUCCUACGCCGACGGCAACCGCCUGACGCUCGCCCAGACUGGCACCGGCCCCCUUGCCGACCUGGCCGCCGCCCUCGACGACACCCAGGUCCAGUACGGCUACGCCCGCGUCGAGUACGCAAACGACGCCGAAAGCACCCGCGUCAAGUUUGCCCUCGUCGUCUGGAUCGGCGAGCGCACAAAGGUCAUGCGCAAGGCCCGCGUCAGCGUCGAGAGCGGCGACGUCAAGCGCGUCCUGGCCCAUCACAGUAUUGCCCUCACCGCCAGCGACCGCGCCGACCUCGACCAAGACGAUGUCGUUGCCCGCCUGCGCAAGGCCGGCGGCGCCGACUACAACGGCGGACGCGGCUGA